CACACUGGAGAGAAACCUUACAGCUGUGAUCAGUGUGGGAAGAGCUUUGCUGUAGCUUCCUCCCUAACUGGACACCGGGUAACACACACUGGAGAGAGAACUUAUGUCUGUCUAUGUGGGAAGAGCUUUGCUCUAGCUUCCACCCUGACUGCACACCAGCGAACGCACACUGGAGAGAAGCCUUAUAGCUGUGAUCAGUGUGGGAAGAGCUUUGCUGUAUCAGAAAAACUAACUAGACACCAGCGGAUACACACAGGAGAGAAGCCUUAUAGCUGUGAUCAGUGUUGGAAGACCUUCAAUCAGUCAGUCCACCUGACAACACACCAACUGACACACACUGAAGAGAAACCUUACAGCUGUGAUCAGUGUGGGAAGAGCUUUGCUGCAGCUUCCACCCUGAAUCGACACCAUCGAACACACACUGGAGAGAAGCCUUACAGAUGUGAUAAUUGUGGGAAGAGCUUCAGUCAAUCAGGGAGCCUGAUUUCACACCAGCGAACACACACUAGAGAGAAACCCUAUGUCUGUCUGUGUGGAGAGAGCUUUGCUCAUUUAGGGAAUAUGAGAAAACACCAAAAAGCAAAAACGUGCCGUAUUUCCUCUCCCUCCUAUCUGACACCGGUUCCAGAUCCAUAAAUAAAGGGUCAGUAGAAAACAUCUAGUGAACAGUCAUAUCCAUCUCUCAUUCUUAAACAGUUGCCUUAGUCUGAUCACCAUGGUAACCUCUGGAGCAUAAUAUACAGCUCUGAUCUAGGACCAGGUCUCCCCUGUGUCUAUGUAAUAUUACACAUCUAAAUGGAUAAAUGUUAUCAUAGAAAAUGUCAGCGAACCCGUGUGUGUGGGGGCGUGUUGAUAAUUGUAUCUUUUCAUAUACUCAUGAUAUUAUUAAAUGUCAUUAUGUAGAAUUUUUCAACAAUAGGUGUAUAUUCAUGUAUUCAAUUGAUCAAUAAAUUAAAUCCGUUAUCUUCUAAACAAGAAGUUAUCACUUAAACUGUAUAUAUUAUAUAUCUAUAUUGAUUAAAAUAUUCCUAAAACUAAUCAAUAAUACAUUGGAUAAUAAUAUCAAUGAGGUCCAGGUAAGAACUAUGCAUGCUGUCUUGUAACAACGGUUAAUGUAAUAACUUUUAGAUUUAUAAUGUAAUAAAACCGGUAAAUGUAAUAUCUUCUUGGUUAAUAUGAUAACGUUAUUUUUCCACAUUAAGUGGAAAAAGUUAUCAGGUGAGUAACUACUUUUAAAUGAAUAUCGUAACACCUAAACCAAUAUUUUAUGUGUUACUUCACUUAUGUUAAUGCAGACCCACAAACACAAACCUAUGCACCUGUACUCAUACACUAACACACACAAGCACACAUUGAUUAAAAGACCUGAAUUCAUCUGUAGGCCUUAUAGUCAAUGAGU